AUGAAGGAGCCUCCCGCUGUGGACGUGGACGCGCUGCUUCCUGAGACUCCAGUAGGCGCCAUCGCUACGCUCACGUCUGCACGUGACAAGGCUCAGGCCCUCGCACGUGCUCAGCAUCCACCUCGACUCUUUGGCGGGUAUCUCCGUAAGCGCUACUCAAGCAGCAUGUACAUGGGUUCGUGGCGCUUCUGUGUGCUCCAGGGUGCGCGUCUACGCUGGUACCGCAGCAAGGAAUGCGCCGAGACGGACACACAAUUGCGUGGAGAGGUUUGGGUGCAGAGCAUUGAGUCCUGGGACGGUCGCACCGCGCUCGGCACGUACCCGCACGCCUUUGCAGUGCGUACAACGUCCAAGAAAUUGUUGCUUUGCACGGCCGAGACGCAGCAAGAUCGCGAUCGGUGGCUACAGCAUUUAGAACGAGCUCUACAGCGCUCCAAGAACACAGCAGAGCUGUUAGCGGCCGUCAGCAGCGACGAUGGGGGACGACGGAUCGUCCCUGGAGACAUGAGACCACCUCCCACGCCCUGUGCUUUCCAGGAGCGACCCGCAGCGGGCUCCGACGCUACGUCCAUUCGGUCAGCGCCGUCGGAUUUAACGUACGGACAGUCGCUUGCUCUGGGAGAUGCUGGAUGCGCCGAGUGUUUCGUACGUUUCCGGCCACUCAUGACGCGUCGCGUGCUCUGUGGCUCGUGCGCGCGCGCCUUCUGUGCGCGUCACUGUAACCACGGCAUUCGUCUGCAACAUCUUGGACUUCGGGCGGCAAGACGCUGCUGCGACCACUGUACUCAAAGACAGGAGUUCAUAAGCUACUUACGCUCGUCCAAGCGGUUCCUGGGACCUCUGGCGAGUCGUGGCAUCUCGAUGGACGCUCUGGUGGCUCGUACUGACGCUAGGAACCAGACAGGGGACAUGUUUGCUCGGACACUGCACAAACUUCGACAUGGAUCCAUGACACUCAACAAAACCAUCAAAAUUUUGUACCAAACGAGGAAGAAGCCGCAUCUGUUCCGUGUGGCGUGUGAACGCCUGCCAUUCUACACUGAAACGUGUGUGGACCGUGUCGAGAACUUGUGGUACCAACUGUUACAUCUCGUCCAGUGCUUAGAUGCUGAGCCAGCGCCUCGUUGUUCGGCUCAGCUGUUCUAUCUGCAGCGAUACAUCCGUGCAAUCUGUCGUCGCUGUCCUCGAAUUGCACUGCAGACGAUUUGGCACGUCCAGGCGUCCGUGGGGGACGGAAACUACCACAAUCUACACCCACACACGCUGUUAUCGCUGCUGGGCUUCAUCUAUCCGAACACGACCCUGCCAGAGAGCUCGAGGAUGUUCAGUAUCUGGAAGGAUCUGGUGUUUGCGGACUGCCCCGAGCAUCAGCUGGCUCAGAUCCUUGCGGACCUACGGGAAAUCAACGCACACAUGGAGAAGUUGAUCUCGCUGGAGCCGGAUUCGAUGAAUGAGCGAUGGCUGAACGCCAGAACGUUGCCCCAAUUCGAGAACUGUGCUGCAGAGCUUGCCGCGUCGGGGAUUGAGCUGUGUGAGUUCCAGUCCAGUAUUCUGUACGACUCGUUGGAUGUUGAUAGUAGCAAUCUGUCGGAUGAGCCUGUAGGAACGGGGAUCGAGUCGCUGGUACUGGAACAAGUGAGUUUUGUGCAGUCGCUAGCAGCUAUAAGUGAACGUCUGCGUCAUAUUCAACCUGUUUCGGACCGUGGGAAGUAUUUAGCGGGGGAAUUGGAGACGCUGAACAACUCACUUCAAUCCUCGGCGCUUUACCCGCUGAGUGCGGCGUCCGACGAGCUGUACCAAGUGGUGCGGAUCCCACCGACCGAAGGCAAGGUCUUCUCCACUAAAAUGCGUGCUCCUACUUUAAUUUUCGUCGAGACUGUUCCAGUACAGAGCGGUGGAGCGAUUGGUCUUGAUGACACUGACACGGAACGUCUCCGUCCUUUCGUAUUCAGCUCUCACCCUCGCAAUUCAACCUUCUUCGAGUCUGCUGUGCUGGAUGAAAUCGAAGCUUCUGCAGUGUCUUCGAGUGGAGAGACAAUGUUGUCGCCUUACAGCAGCUCCACGCUUGCUACACCUACGCCGACUAGCAAUGUUGUGGCUUGUCCAGAUGACGGAGCUGCAAGUGGCGCUGGAUCGGAGGGCUUGUUGGAUCGGCACACGAAUGGACGAGAUGCAGCAGCACCAGCUACUGGCAGACGCCACACAGGCAUCAUACCUCACUUACCCCAGCCAAGUCGUGGUAGCAAGAUGGGUGCAGGAGCUCGUGCUGGACGUCUAGGCAUUGAGAACUUUGUGUAUGACAGCAAGAUAUUUGGUGAGAGCUGGGAGGAGCGCAAAGCGCGCAUUCGGAGUGAGUCACCGAUGGGGGAACUGCCUGGAUGGGACCUAUUCUCCGUGAUUGUCAAGACCAACGACGACUUGAGGCAAGAAGUGUUCACCAUGCAGCUCAUCCACAAACUCAAGUCCAUUUUCGAGUUCGAAGCACCGCAGUUGUGGCUCCGAACCUACCGGAUUGUCGCCACUGGCGCCAAUAUUGGUUUACUGGAGACAAUUACAGAUGCCUGCUCGCUGGAUUACCUCAAAAAGACAUUUCCAGGAGGAAAUCUGUCCGAGUACUUCCGCAGCGUGUACGGUGGUGACCCGUCCAACUCGGAUUUCAUCGCUGCGCAGCGUCGAUUCAUCGAGAGUUUGGCUGCGUACUCCAUCGUGAGCUACGUUCUACUGCUUAAGGAUCGUCACAACGGCAACAUCUUGCUCAGCUCCGAGGGUCGCGUGAUUCACAUCGACUUCGGCUUCAUUCUGGGCAUCGCUCCUGGCGGAAUGUUCAGUAUCGAGGACGCUCCGUUUAAGCUGACAAAAGAGAUGGUUGACGUCAUGGGAGGCCUGGGAUCACAUGGCUACAAGCAUUUCCGCAACUGCUUGUGUGAGGGCUUUGUGGUGCUUCAGAAAUACCACUCGGAGAUCGCUGCCCUGCUACAAACAACAGGUCAGCAUUCCCCGUUCCCUUGUUUCCACGGCGCGAAGCUAGCGCGUGUUAUUGCCAGUUUGCGCACGCGUUUGUGCGUCGGUCUCUCACGACGAGAAAUCCGUCGCCGCGUAGACCAUUUGAUACGUAAAAGCUACAACGCCUGGGGAACGCGACAAUACGACUCGUUCCAAUUGCGCAGCAACAACAUUCAUCCGUAG